AUGGGGGAUCCAGGCGAGCCGUUUUCGCUCGACUUGCACGGGCCGGGCGCGUCCGCGCUGCGCGCCGUCGUGCGCGACAAGCUCGCUGAUUUCUCCGAGAGCUUCACCGACGACGUCCUCGCGGAGUACGUGGUGGUGCUGGUGGCGCACGGCAAGCCCAAGAGCCACGCAGCCGAGGAUCUCGAGGCGUUUCUGGGCGACCAAACCGCCGCCUUUGUCGACUGGUGGCCAAACCCCCCCUUCCUCCCUCCUCCCCUCAUUAACAGGCUGUGGCUUCACCUGUCUGCCAACAUUGGGAAAUACAACGCGCCCGCUGCCCCAGAUACCGCAGGUGCAGGGAAGGAUGGGAGAGAAGCGUUGGCAAAGGAGGAGGAGAAGCGGGCCGAGGGGACGCGAGACGAGGGACGAAGGAGGGAGGUUGUUGAAGUGAGGGAGGAUGGCGGCAGGGUGUGGGAGGAGAAGGGGAGGGAGGAGAGGGGACGAGAUGGGAGGGCGAGAGAAGAGAGGGGGAGAGAGGAGAGAGGGAGGGAAGAGAGGGGGAGAGAAGUGAGAGGGCGGAGCAGGGAGAGGAGUGGUGAGCGAGGCAGGGAGAGAGGGGGAGAGAGAGGAGUGAGUGGAGAGAGGGAGGGAGGCUGGAGCAAGGAGCGGGAGAAGGAAAGGGACGGAGACAGGAGGAGCCUGGAUGGAAGGACAGACUCGUGGAAGGGCAAGAGAGGAAGGGAUGGGGUUGUUACGGGGCGUGAGGAAGAAAGGGGGAGGGGGUAUGAGGAGAGAGGGAGAGGGUAUGACGAAAGAGGGAGAGGGUAUGAGGAAAGAGGGAGAGGGUAUGAGGAGAGAGGUAGAGGGUAUGAGGAGAAGGGGAGGGGAAUUGAGAAGAAAGGACGGCUUUAUAUGGACGAGGUACGAGGGGCGGAGGGCGAGGAGGAAGGGGGAGUUGAGAGGAGAACGGCGAGGGGGGCGGAGAGGGACGUGAGGGCGCGUCGGGGUGGGUCUAGAUCAUGGUCUCCCCCAGGAAAGCGGGAAGAGAGGGAGCAGCGGAGGGAGGAGAGGGGAGAGGAGGGCGCUAGGCGGAUGGAGGAAAUGAGGGGUGGGGGAUUGGAUAGGGAGGAGGCAAGGGGUGGAGAACUGGGAAGGGCGGUUAAGAGGCGGGUGUCAGGGGAAGGGGGCGGCGGCUGUUUGGCAGCAGCCUGGGCGAGGGGGCGCGGAGGCGGGCGACUGUGGACGGGGGGAGGGGCGGAUGGGGGGAGGGCGGAUGGGGGAGAGAGAGCGGUGGCGCGGAGACGGACAGAGGGAGAAGUGGGGGCGGAGGGGGCGGAGGGAGCGGCGGGAGCAGGACUGGAGGGUAGCGAGGAGGCUGUGAGGAGGAAAGGGCGUGGGGCGUUUGCACUGGUGGCCGCGAGUGAGAGGCGGCUGGAGGGCGAGGAGGGGAGGUGGCAGGGCGAGGAGGGGGUGGAAGUAGGGGGGGAGGAGCAAGAGGGAGGGGACGGUGUGGAGAGAAGGGAUGGGAGGGGCUUGGAUGGGACACAGGAACGGAUGGCAGGAGGGCAGGUUGUGGGGAAAAGAGGGCGGCAAGUGGGCGGGGGAGCAAGGGGAAUGGGCGGCAGGCUGUGGCAGUUUGCGGUGAGAGACGCUGUGAAGCCUGCGAGGGAGGUGCGUGCUGCUGCUCACCCCCAUGCUGCCACUGCGGCUGCACCUCUUGCUGCUGCUGCCGCUGCAAGAAGUAAUGGUGAGCAACAGGAGGAGGCAGGAAGGGCAGUGGAAGUGAGGGCGACGAGGGAAGUAAGGCGAAUUGUCGUGUCUGCCCCCAGCCGCUCUGCCAUUCAAAGGUCUCCUGACCUCGUUGCUCCCCCUGCUGCCUCCGAUGGUGCCUCCCCUUGUGCUGUGAAGGGUGCUGCUAGAGCAGCUAGUGAGGAGGAGCGAUGCGGAGGCAGGGGAGGGAGGGGGCGGGAGGGGAGUGGGGGCGAGGAGGUAGAGGAAAGAGCAAGAGUAGAUUCAAGAGGUAGGGGAGGGAAGGAAGGCGCAGAGGCAGGUAGAAUGGGAGGGAGCAUAGAGGAAGAUACGGAGGGCAGGGAGGGGGCGGAGAAGGAGGGUGGUAAAGGGAGUGUGUGGGCGAGGCUGGGCAAACGAUGUGUGCAGAGGGGUGGAGAUGGGCGGAUAGUGGUGCAGAGGCAAGCAGAGCUUGGGGAAGAGUAUGGGGAAGGGUUUGGGGGAGGGUAUGAGGAAGGGUAUAUGGGUGGGUAUGCGGGAGGGUAUGGGGGAGAGUAUGGGGAAGAAUACGCAGGAGAGUAUACGGAGGGGUUGAGAGGAGUUGAGCAGGGUAUGUGGAGUGAGGGAGUAGAGGGGUGGGGCGAUGGGAGAGGAGGAGAGGGAGGGGGGAUGCGAGAGAGUGUGGAGGCAAUGAGGCAGCGGCUGCAGCAGAUGCAGGAGGAGAUGCGGCGGAUGAAGGCACUGCAGGAGAAGGCUGCUGCUGCUGCUGCUCCUGGUGGCGAUAAGGCUGCUGCUAAAGCUACAGCUGCUCACCCCAACGGCACGUUGUCAACCUCACCGCACUCCACCGCACUGCACGCCCAUGCACCCACGCCCUUCUCCCUCGUGCGCAAGUCUCCCUCCACAGGGGACGCUGACGAUCGCUCCGUGCUCGUUUCGAAUGUGCAUUUUGCAGCAACGGUGGCAGCGCUCACGCUCCACUUCGCAGCAUGUGGGGAGAUUCGCAGAGUCACCAUCCUCACUCAUCCCCUCACUGGCCGCCCCAAAGGAUGUGCUCAUAUCGAGUUCGCCACUAAGGAAGCGGUCGACAAGGCCCUAGCUCUCAACGACGCUUCGUUAAUGUCACGCCCGCUCAAGAUCGUCCACAAGCCCCAUGCAGCAGUGGAGGCACUCCCCUCUGCUACCCCACCACCCAUCACGCCCACCCGCCCCACUCGCCCACUCCUCACGCCCACCAAGCUCCCCUCCCCUGCUCCGGGCACCAGUCCCACAGCCCUCGCGUCCCCCUCUGCCCGGGUUGUGCCUGGAAAGGCCCUGGCUGUGGGUGUGAAAGCGCAAGCUGUUCGCCGGCCCUCUGCCAGAGGCAGCUUGCAGUGGCGGAGACAACCUGAGGAGUCUGCUCCUGCUGCUGCUGCUGCUGCUCCUGCUGCUGCUGCUGCUGCUGCUGCUGCUGCUGCUGCUGCUGCUGUUGCUCCUGCUGCUGCUGCUGCUGCUGCUGCUGCUGCUGCUGCUGCUGCUGCUGCUGCUGCUGCUGCUGCUGCUGCUGUCGCUCCUGCUGCUGCUGCUGCUGCUGCUCCUCCUGCUGCUGAGACUAAGGUCGAGGGCAAGGGUGGUGUGAUAGGCAAUUCAAAGGAAGCUGUGCAGAAAGCAACAGCAAAUUCUGCACCUGUGGCAGCAGCUGCUGCUGCUAAAGGAGGCGAGAUCGAGGGGUGA